GUGGAAGUAGCAGCGCAGCACAUCAGCAGCUUGUUGGUGUGGUUAUUUAAAUUUGUUCGCGACGGAGUUGAAGUGCAAAAAUGUCUGCUGCAACAGCUGUAAAUUUUCAGUCACAGUUUUCUUCCAAGUCUAUGGCUAAGCAGCUGAAAGUAAAGUGUAAUGAAUUUCUGGCAUCGCCGCAAAAUUCCGAACAUCUAGGAGAAAUCAUUGGCUGUCUGAAGGAAUGUAAUUCGAAACAAGCGGCUGUGGUUCCAUGUUUGCUAGCUUUGGAAACUAUUUUCGUCGAACUGCUGAGACGAAAUGAGAUGCGAAUUGUGGUGCAACCAUUAAAGCCAGUCGAGACAUCUUCCGAACUAAUCUACAAACAGUCUCUGCAAGGACAGUACAAAGAAGCAUUCAGUGCCAUUUUGGAAGGGUUUAACCAUGAUAAACAGGCGGAGAGUGUUCAAUCGCUGGCCACAGCGAUGAAAUUGAUUGUGGCGGAAACCAAAAAUCCGUUAGAUGAAGGUGCCAUUGAUGCCAACAGUUUCCCACUCGGUAAACUUAAGAACAUUCUCCAGGCGGUGCUCUCUUCGGAACGCCAAAAUGCCCAUCUGGUUAAUCGCUUCAUGGAGUACGCCUCUCAUGCAGACAUAAUUUACUUUUGCUGGAAAAUCUUACCGUCAUUAGCGCCGAAGGAAUUCAGUCCUAAUUCAUUGUUUAUUCAAAAUUAUCUUAGUUUACUUGGAGCAGUCUGUUUCGGAAAAGAAUCUCUUGAAGAAUCGCCUAGCUUUCUAUGCGUUCAAAUGCAAGAAUUAGACUAUCCAUACAUUCGGAAACACAUAAAUAAAAGCUGGUCUUGUGUAAUGAACUGGAAACAUGAUGAUGUUUGCCAUCGUCAGGUUUUGAUUCUGUUGCUGGAAAAAGUUCUAGCCCAUUUGGAUAAGCCGGUUCUAUUGACUGACUUCCUAAUGGAUUCGUUGGACGUUGGCGGUGCUAUUAGUUUGCUAGCACUGCAAGGCAUCUUUAUCUUGAUUCAGCAACACAAUCUUACCUAUCCAAACAUCUACGAAAAGUUGUACUCAAUGUUCGAGCCGGAAAUCUUUCACACUAAGUAUAAAGCACGAUUGUUCUACCUGGCGGAUAUAUUUCUGAGCUCUAGUCACUUGCCGGAAGGAUUGGUUGCGGCAUUCGUGAAGCGGCUAGCGCGGUUGGCACUGAUUGCCCCUCCGCAGGAUAUUGUCAUCAUAAUGCGGUUCAUUGGAAACUUGAUACUGCGACAUCCGGCGUUGAAGCGGUUGAUUUUCCACCCCAGCGGAGGAGAAGUGUCUCAGGAUCCAUUCAUUAUGGAUGAGCGCGAUCCGGUGAAAUCGAAUGCACUGGAUAGUUCACUGUGGGAGGUUGCCGCUCUCCAGUCUCACGUACUGCCGUCAGUUGCCACGGCUGCCAAAUUUAUCUCUAACCCAUUGCCUAGCGCUGAGUGGGACUUGGCGUCGGUGUUGGAGAUUAACGAGAAUGAUAUUUUUGACAAAGAGAUUGCCAAAAAAUCCAAAGAAUAUGCCUUAAAUAUUGAGCGACCAACCUCGAUGUUUAAAUACUGCGGAGGUCACAAGUCCUCGCAGUAUUGGAAACUGUUUUAGAGCAACAGAAUGAGCUUUCCCUAACUGACUAAUAGACAUUGAGAUAUACAAAUUUAAAAACUGCACUUGAAAUAUUAAGAUUUCUCACAUAACUAUGACCUACAGUAUCAUACUUGGUUUUGAAAUAAUGGUGGAAAUCUUCAGUUUAAUUAUUUUAUCUUAUUUUAACCUGAAACAUCUUUGAUACAUUUACCCUACAAGGGCAACGGGUUUACAAGCUACAGUCAUGCUACAAGAUGUGUAACGAAAGCUAUUAAACAUAUAACAUAGGUUAAACACAAUGAAUUAUCAAUAGAACAAGCUAAUGGAACACGAUAGUGUAGAAAAACAAUUAAUUCGGAUUUAUACCUUUUUAGGUAUCAGGGUAUAACAUAAAUAUUUUAGAUUUCUAAAACACUAAGCUAUUUAGAGCUAUUCAAGGCUGAGUAGGGGUCUAAACUAUUUAUUCUGUCACUACGUGCAUACCAAAAUGGAACUGGUAUGCGCGUACGGUCAGUGUUGCUACCCUGUGAAUUAUGAAUUUUCAUUUACGUAGUAGAACUACUAAAAUAGCAUAUAACAUCUACAAAAUUGUUAUGAAAAUGUUCCUAUAAAACAGUCAUUAGGAAAACAAUUACUAGCAGUCCAAGUUAAGCACGACCGUGCUUUGUUUCUUACCAAUCAAAUGCACUAUUAUUAUCUACUGAUAAAAAUACAUAGUAAUCCGUACACGUUCAUACAUCAUAAGCAUCAAACAAACAAUGUUCACUGUCCGCACUAAAACAAACGCAUAUGUUCGUAUUGAUGGUUCUAUUGAAUGUUAUUUAUUUUUAAUUGUGAGCCAUAAGCUAUCAUAGAAACAGGUCAACCAAUGCCCAGGCGUGGAAAUCAAUUGAUGUUGAAAACACAGACCCACAUUCUUGAACAAUGCAUGUACGCAGCAAAUAUAGCUGCUUAUCCUAUGUUUUUCGCAUAGUUAUGAAGGAUUUAUAGUCCACACAAUAGUAACAUUAAAUGGUUAGGAUGAAGGACAUCGCUUAGAACAGAACGAAAGGAAUUGGCUAGGAAGAUUUGCGAUCAUUUCAGUCGAGCAGAGCUGGCAGAAAUUGUGAUUCAAAUUAGAUUUGUUGAUAAUGUAGGAAAGCAUUUUGAAUAUUCGAAAUAAAUUGGCGAAUUUAGGCGUCGAGAAGAUUUUUUUUAUUACAAACCGGUUAUGCCCAUUCGUAUUCGGUAUCGUUUAGGAUAUGAGAAAGUCGGCGGGGAGCGAUGGUAUGAUACUUGAAUAAAAUACGCGUAACUA